AUGUCACAGAGCCUCCAGAAACUUGCGAAAAGGGAAGCUGGGGUGCUUGCCUUCUUCCGACGACAGUUCCGCAUGCACCCUCCGCCCCUACCGGCCGGAACAGAUCUCACCGGUCGCACGGUGAUUAUAACGGGCGGAAGUGGCGGUCUCGGGGUGGAGGCCAGUCGCCAGUUCCUUCGACUCCGUCCUGCCCACUUGAUAGUUACUGUUCGGUCGCAGGCCAAGGGCGAUGAGCUCACUGCGAAACUACAGAAAGAGUUUCCGGACGCGACGAUCUCAGCGUGGCUGCUCGAUAUGGAGUCGUAUGAAUCUAUUCAGCGGUUUGUUCGACAAUGCGACACGUUGUCAAGAAUUGAUAUCGUUAUUUUGAAUGCGGGACUGCAGAAGGAUGUCUUUGAGCAAGUUGAGGCGACGGGACACGAGAAGACCGUUCAGGUCAACUACAUCUCGACGGCACUCCUGACGAUCCUGCUGCUACCGGUCCUGAAAGCCAAGCACAAUUCGGAGGAUUCAAAAUCGCCAAUCCUGUCAAUCGUCGCAUCAGAUACGGCAUACUGGGCCAAGUUUGACCUCAACAAACCCUUCAUCGCACAACUCGACAACCCAAAAACAUUUAAUCACACGAACUACCAGAGAUCAAAGCUUCUCUUAUUCUGGUUCGUUGUCAAGCUCGCAGAGGUCGUGUCCGCCGACAAUGUCACCAUCAACCUGACGAAUCCCGGCCUGACCGACGGAACCUCAUUGAACACGGAGACGUUCUCCAAAUUCAAUCCUGUGCUGAGGGCCAUCGCUUCUAGGGCGAAAGGUCUCAUGGCGAGGACCGUCGAGGUUGGCGCGAGUACUUAUAUCUAUGCGACUGUUCUCCAGGGGAAAGAGAGUCAUGGGUCGUAUGUGAGCGAUUGGAAGUUUCAACCGUAUCCGGCUGUCGUGUAUGGCGAGACGGGGGACAAGGCCAUGAAGCAAUUAUGGGAGGAAACAAUGAAAGAACUUGAGUUUGCAGGCGCUGCUUCGAUUGUCCAGCAACUCGCGAGAUAA